UGUUAUCAGCGAUAAGAUCGGCGCCUGGUGGGAAUUGGCAAUGGCUUGUUUGCACGAGACUGGCAUGUGUCAACAAAACGUGCUCUUCACUAUCUCCCGUCUAGGCAGGUAAAAAUCGGUGAGCUGAGCAUAUUACCUAGGCAGUACACGCGCACUCCGGACGAGCGCUAGUACUGCCAUUGCCGCCAGCCGUCACUUGGCCGGGUCCACUGGCGGUGCAUAAGCUUGAGAUAACGUGUCAGUCGUGAAAAAUGAAGAUGAAAACACGCUGCUCAACCCUGGCCGUCCUGUCUUGUCCACUCCUGUCCCAUUUUGGCGAGGCAGCCCCUGCUCGUUUCCCGGUUUCGACCAGUUUCGCACAAGUCGUGCCUUGUGCUUGGAAAAACACCCCAUGUCCUUCUACGGGUUCCAGUCCAGGGCCCACGCAUGACAUGGCAUUCCAAUCGAAACCUCUCUCGCUACCUAGGCCACCUUUAUUGCCGCUCGCUGUACCGCUGAAGAAUCAUAUGAAUACGAGCUCUUCAGCCAUCCACUCAUCCGUGCCACUCCCGUUCCUUCAUCUCGUUCUUCCCCAGACCCGACGAUGGACCCUGACCUGGUGCUCCUUUCCCACUCUAUCCGAUCCGUUCCCAGACGAUGAACCCACGCCUGCGCCUGCCCGCUGUCUCGGUUCACACUGCUACCUUGCCUGGCUGAAUCACACACACAGACACAAAGAUUCGGUUUGCCGGCCCAUCCUUGCCGUCGGUUCUGUCACCGGUUUGGGGAGCUUCUUGUCCCACCAAGGGUCGCAUCCCUGCAAACCAAGUAAUAUCUUAGCUUCCCACCCGCCGCCACUGGUGUGUGUGUUUGUGUGUGUGCGCGUAUGUUUGUGUGCGUCUGUCGACACUGUCUCCUGUGUCCUUCAACCCGCGCCGACAGGAAAAGACGCAAAAUCUGACAAAGAGUUCUCUUCCCUUAUCACGACAACUCGGCUCGAUUGACGAGUACGUCCGUUACCACAACAGAACAUCGCAACCAUCCACAGCAGAAACAUACCAGUUGAUCAGGGCCCCCGGGCGACACAUCCCAGACAGCUCCCUCCAAGGUGGUUUCCGCCGCCUCGGAGAGCCAGUCUACUACGUUCCGCGCCCUCCGGGCGUCGAUAAACGACGAAACCAAAAGCCCCCUGA